GUUUCGAACUUCUGUACAUAGAGGAAGCGGCAGAAUAGACUGCACUGCAUUCGCAUUCCUAAUGCAUCCUGCAGUCCUUGGGUCUGCCUAUCACGCAUACACAUUCAUCUACCAGGGUGACGUUAUACCAGCUGUAGAUUGGCACAUACUCGACCCAGCCCCAAGAAAUCAAAACCAUGAAGUUGGUUGUCCCAAGGACAUGUGGCCCCUCACAGGAAUUUCCAAGUAUAAAAGCCUGUCGCCCAACACGAAAGAGGUCACAUCAAGACAACAAUAUCACUUGUUUCACUCCCAGAGCAUUCCCCACAAUCCGAGAUCAUGGCGACGCCCAAAGACGCAACAGCUACGAUCAUCCAGCAGCAGGAUGAUUUGAAGAAGAGCCUACCAUUCUCCGACAAACGGGAUUAUGUCAACGCUCGGAAAGGCUUCAUCACAACCCUCAAGCCUAACAUCAUUUAUCAAGAUGACACAGUUAUCUGGAACAACGAUGAUUACGAAUUCCUUCACAAAAACGAGUCGCCCAACACAGUCAACCCAAGCCUGUGGCGCCAGUCCCAGCUGACGUCUACCGCCAGGCUCUACCUUGUUACCGAAGGUAUCUACCAAGUGCGAGGCCUCGAUCUCUCCAACACCACCUUCAUCGAAGGCAAUGAGGGUGUCAUUGUCAUCGAUCCCCUUACAUCACGCGAAACUGGAGAAGCUGCUCUUCAACUCUACAGAAGCAAGCGCGGUGAGAAGCCUGUAAAGGGAGUCAUUUACACGCACUCCCACGUCGAUCACUUUGGCGGUGUCAGGGGAAUGGUCUGUCAGGACGACGUCGACCAGAAAUUGGUCGACAUCAUCGCACCUGAGGGGUUUCUCGAGCAUGCAGUAGCAGAAAAUGUCUAUGCAGGCACCGCUAUGAGUCGACGCGCUGCCUACAUGUACGGAGCUGUCCUGAAUCGCGGAGUUCGAGGUCAGGUUGGAGCCGGCCUUGGACAGACCGUCUCGACUGGCGAAGUCACCCUCAUUUCGCCAACCGUGAUCAUUUCUAGGACCGGAAGAAAACACACUGUUGACGGCGUCGAAAUGGAAUUCCAGAUGGCGCCGGAUACCGAAGCGCCUUCGGAGAUGCUGAUAUACUUCCCCAAAUUCAAGGCACUUUGUGCUGCGGAGGAUGCUACCCACACAUUCCACAACCUGUUGACGCUUCGUGGAGCCGUCGUGCGCGAUCCACAUGGUUGGUCAAAGUACCUAACCGAGACAAUUGACCUGUUCGGCUCCAGGACCGACGUGGUUUUCGCCUCUCACCAUUGGCCCACCUGGGGCGCUGACCAGGUUGUCGAAUUCCUCACUCUGCAACGUGAUCUCUAUGCGUACGUACACGACCAGACGCUGCGUAUGCUGAACCAGGGAUACAAUGGACCUGAGAUUGCCGAAAAAAUACACCUUCCACCCGCUCUCGAACAAGCUUGGAGCGCCCGAGGCUACUACGGCUCGGUAAGUCACAACGUUAAGGCUAUUUACCAGCGCUACAUGGGUUGGUUCGACGGCAAUCCAGCACAUCUGUGGGAACAUAUCCCCGUGGAGCGCUCCAGACGCUACGUGAAGAUUCUCGGCGGCGUGGAAAACACAGUCAAAAUCGGUCAAGAGGCGUACGAUAAAGGUGACUUUCGCUGGGCGGCGGAGAUCCUCAACCACGCCGUCUUCGCCUUUCCUCACAACACACUAGCGAAGAACUCGUUGGCAGACACUUACGAGCAGCUUGGCUAUGGCUCUGAGAACGGUACCUGGCGCAACUUCUUCCUUUCAGGGACUACUGAGCUGCGCAGCGGUAACUUCGGCACGCCGACAGCCACAGCCUCUGACGACGUGAUCUCGCAGCUCACACCCGAGAUGCUGUUCGAUUCCUUCGCUAUCCAGAUUGACGGUCCCAAGGCCUGGGACGAGAGUGUCGUGAUUGAUGUAUUCGUCACCGACAAAAAUACCAAUUACCGAUGGUGGCUCUCAAACGGUGCCCUAGUGUACACAACAGCGGAACAGACGACAUCCUCUGAUGUGACGUUGACCGCGACGGCUCGCGCGUUGACUUCUCUGGCAAAAUUUGGGGUCAAUGACAUUCCAGCUCUUGAGAAAGCAGGUAUUAAAAUUACAGGGGAUGAUGUCAACGCCCUUGACCGGCUUGAUGCGCUUCUUGACCCUGGUGACUCUGACUUCAACAUCGUCACACCAUGAGGUACUGGGAAUGGGGGGGAUGCUUUGGAAUUGAGUUCUUGUCGUUUCCUUUUUACUUGGGGAUUGAGCUUUCAUAACAACAAUUACAGUCACAAAAUAAGCCUUCGACUCUUUUCAACAAAGAGGUAGACGAGGAAAUUCCAUAUCAACGAACUAUGACACUGACAAAUGGAUAGAUGCUAUUGGUUUAUGUGGAUCUUUUGUAGGUCUAACAGAUCAUUCUUUAAUUUUCUCGCUAGCCCAGUCUUUGUAGCGUUAUGUUCUUUUGGUGCACUGAAAGAUUGACACCGACGAGUGUGAAUGUAGCGCCGAAAGCAGCCAGCGCGACUUAUUAUUCUUGAGUGCGAAAAACGAGAUAUCUAAUGACACCAAACGCAGUCAGAUAAGUGUCCAUGCGCGGACAUAAAGCACAUUCUCUGUAAUCUAUCCUUGGCGGUACAGGCACCCAAGAUGACCUUGGGGACGUGGCUCCCGGAGCGAUUCCGGGCGGUCCCAUCCACAGUGCUUAAAUACACAUAGCGAAGACGAGCUACAAAGAGUAAAGAGAAAGACAAGAGGGUCAGGCGAGGCUUGACAAGUACAUAAUCACAGAACAAGUGGAAAAGGCUGUUAGUAGGAGGGGAAACACAUUUGGGCAGGAGAUAAACGAUUCUAGCAGGAAUGAAUUGCUUACGGAGAGGUAAUUACUGUCGAAAGUUCCGACCUCCUAAGAAGCAAGAAUCUAGAAAACAUAUAUACGCUACAGAGCGGUCACUAGGGCAGCUAGGUUAGACUGUGAAUAAAUCAAUCAAGUAAC